GAAUCCUGGUGUGAGUAGAGUUGCAUGUGCUCAGUCUGGUUCUCUCUUUGUGCUGUAAAGGCUGCUUCCUGGAAUCGGGCGUCUCUUCUGCCUCUCGGAGUCUCUCAGCUCCACUAUCAGGAGCGAACAGACGUCCACGCUGAGGAGAUGAGCUCGAGCGUGUUUCCACUCCUCUGUCAGAUGUAGCCGCGUUCUGGAGCAGGACAGCGCUGAGUCCGGUGGAGAGGGGAUGUCGGUGAAGCUGCGAUUCGAUUGUCCAGCUGAAGGUGGGAUGGUGCAGAGGAGUCGCUCCUUCACUGGAGUCAAUACGCUCAGUGGCCGGCGCAGGCUGUCUUCAACCCGUGGUUCUCUACGAACCAAAGCUCAGGCAGGGAAAUCUCCCAGAAUCCCCUCUUCUGCUCGGAUGGUUGGCGGUAUUUGGGGUCAGCAGCCUGAGCAGGUGGACAGAAUCUUCCAGGCCUUACGGAAGGGGCUCAAGGAGUAUCUGGAAGGACAUCAGAUGGAGCUGGACUUCCUCUCAUCCCAGCAGAGAGACACUAAAAGGAACUCCAGACUGGCUUUUUUCUAUGACUUGGAGAAGGAGAUCAGAGCCCUGGAAAGAUACAUACGCCGGCUGGAGUUCCAAAUUAGUAAGGUGGAAGAGCUGUAUGAGACGUAUUGUAUCCAAUGGCGACUGUGUCAGGGAGCAGUGAACAUGAAGCGAGCGUUCUCCCUCUCUCCGUCCUCACGAGCGUCCAGAGAGAGUCUGCUGGAGCUCAGCCGCAACCACAGACACAGCCUGGAGGAUAUGUGUGCGAUGGAGGGAGAGCUGGAGAUCCUUCUGGGUGAACUGCAGAUCAAAAUGAAAGGGCUGAUAGGCUUCGCUCGUCUGUGCCCGGGGGAUCAGUAUGAGGUGUUGAUCCGGUUGGGCCGCCAGCGGUGGAGAAUCAGGGGGCGGAUCCAGACCGACGACAGACAGCUGUGGGACGAAGAGGAGAUGGUCUUCCUCCCUCAUAUCCACGAGAACUUUGAGAUCAAGGUAACGGAAGUGAAGGGCUUGAGCUCCAUCCUGGUCGGCAUGGUAACGUGUAAGAGCGCAGACUUCUUCAUGGCUCGUCCACAGCUGAUGGUUGUUGACAUUACGGAACUGGGAACCAUCAAACUACAGCUGGAGGUGGUCUGGAAUCCUUUUGACAGCGGCGAGGUGAAGCCCAUCGUGUCGUCUGCCAGCCGACAGUCUGUCCACAGCAGGAAGGGAUCCAUGUACAGCUGGACGCCUCCAAACACCCCCAGCUUCACCGAGAAGUACUUUUUAUCUAUGAUGCGUCAGCUCCAAGAUCCAGAUGGCUCGUUCUCUAUUGGCUCCCGCGAAUCCCGGGGCGUGUCUCUGCUCAGCUACCUGUCUGACUCCGCCCAGGCGCUCACUCCGCCGGCCUAUGAGAGAGCCGGUCGUCUUCCGGUCACCCCUGAGCCAUCAGCGGACACUCAGUCGGUGGAUGAUGAUCUUCUAAAGACCCCCCUGGGAGAGGGGGACGAGAGUGGAGAAUGGCCUUCAGAGCCUGAGACCAGCUCUCCGAGCCCACGAGGCAGCAAGCGAGACUCUAUAUUCCUCUUCCAGCGCUACAGUACUCCUGAUAUCCUCCGGCAAAAUGGGGAGGUGGCCACCAAUCAGGAGGUGGAAGCAGAGCAAAGUACAGCAGCAGAAGAGGUCAGGGUGGAGGAGGCCUCAGCAGAGCAGGAGGUGAAGGAGAAGCCCAAGGUUCGGGCAGGAGUUGUUGGGAAUUCCCAAAGGAAAGCAGUGGCUGUGAAAGUUAGCUUGGCGCUAGCAGAGCUGGAUGCUACGCUGCAGGAAAUGAGCUGCACUGAGGAAGAGUUAAAACGACUGGAUCUACAAACGCGGCAGUUCUAUCAGGACCUGAAGAGGGACAUCUUCCCUCUCCAGACCUCCUCCAGCGAGACUCUAGCUGUAGAGGAAGAAGAAGUGCUGGGCAGUUUCGACUUCCUGUCCACCGACUUCAGCACAGACGACAUUGACUGCAUGGGAAGCGUCAGGCUCAGGGACACUGGGACGGGUUCGUUGAAGGAGAACACUGUGAAAAGCCGAGGGGUGCUGGCUCAGGACACUGCUCUGUCCUCAGAGGGCCAGGAAACCGGACAGGGCCCACAAAGAGCGGAGAGUGAGGACAGGAGCCCACUCAGCACGGGGGAGUAUACUCUGGACCAAGCCCUGGAGGUCCACCUCAACAUCUGCACUGCACUACUGAGGGCGCUGAGGCUGUCUGAUGCAGAUCACGUCCGGCAGGACAUUCUGGAAGAGCUGUCACGUCAAACUGAGGUGCUUGAAAAAAUCGACGCUUUGACACAUAAGAAGACCGACGACGUCUCAGCAGCAGAGCUGCUGUGUGAAGUGCCGAAGCUGAAGAACGUUCAGAUGUUUUGGGAGGAGUGCUGCGAGAGUGACUCGUCUUUCUGCUGCUCGGCUGACUCGUUUCUCAGGACCCUGCGCAAGCGCUUCAUCCACAAAGUGAAAGCGAAGCUGCCAGGCCAGGCUGAUACAGUCUUCGGUCAGCUGUUACAGCAGGUCCAGUCCAGCUGCAGGAUGGUGCCUUUAGCGCUGUGUCUGACAGACCGAGUGAGCAUGUUUCAGCUGCAGGUCUACCUCAGCCGCUGGAAGCUCACGGACUUCGGAGAGCACAUCUCUCACCUCUCCAGAGAAGUCUACUUAGUGUCCUGUCUGGAGAGCCCUAAGAGGAGGCGGGCUCUGAAGAAGCUGAAAGGGAGGAGGAUCUCAGAGCUGCAGCCAAUGGGGAGAACCCUGCAGCUCCUGGCCAAGCUACUGACAGACGCCAAUCACAAGGUUGCAGCGACCGCCACCUCCUGUCUCUGCCGAGCCUCAGGCUUCAGGUCCUUCAGGUCUAAGGCUUUGGUACACUACACAUGGCUGUUGAGAGACAACGACACCCAACGGCAGCAGCAGGCGUGUUUGGCACUGAAAUGUCUAAAGGCGACGGAGAGCGUGGAGCAGGUUGCUGAGCUGUGGCGCUCCGCGGACGAAGAUUUGAGGAACGCUGCCAGAGAGACCGUGCUUUCAUUUGGUAAAAAAGGACACGCAGCCUUCCAGCGAAUGGACCGGAUCUGCAGUGAGUUACAGGAGGAGAUUUACAAGAACCUGGACACAGAAAUCACCAUCUUCUAGAGACCUCAGCUAGGUUUUUAACCCCUAAUCAGAAGAUAGGCCUGGGCCAGUCAUGAAUUUCUAAUGAGAAGAAUGGAAGAGGCAUAAAGCUCCACUAAAGAUUUCACUUAGAUGCAGAAAUUUCAACAGUUCAGUUGCGCAGAACAGCCUAUGAUGCUUAUCAGAGGUCAUACAGGAGGACAGUGCUUGUGGCAGUCUGGUCACAUCCUAUGCAGUAUGAAACUCAAUGUUUUUGUAUAAAACCCUUUUGGAGUGUAAUAUUUAUAAAAAUUGUAUUCUAUAUUUCAUCUAUACAAAAAAAAACAAAGUGUAAACAUGGAAUAUAUUGCCAAUAAAUGUAAAUAAUGUGCCAAAAAAAGGAGAAUCCCUGUGUGCA